CACACGGCAAUAAAAGACGACAACAACGCAGCUCGCGUUGGGAACUUCGGACGCGAGUUAUCGAUCCUCCCGACGUUUAUUGGAGCGCAUCAAAGCUCCCGAAGCGCAUAAAUACGCCGUGAGGAGAUCCGCCUCUCAGUCGCCACACAUCUGGAUCCAGAGGUGCCGUCAUGAGGGUCUUCGCUGUAAUCCUCGCGCUGGCCGUCCUAUCAGGCGGCCAUGCCAGAAGCGUGUCUCAGGCCGAGGGCCCGAUGCCCUGGGAGGAGGCGGUGGACCGCUUCAACGACUACCUCACGGAGCUGAACUCCAUGGCCGACGCGGCGGCGACGGACGCCCGCAGCUCCCAGAUCAGCCGAGAACUGGACAAACUGAUCCAGGACAGCAUGGCCGAGCUGGACAAGUACAGAGAGGACCUGAAGACCAAGCUGGUGCCCUACACCAUGGACGCCGCAAAUAAGUUGUGCCGAGACGUGAAGGAGCUGAGCCAGCGACUGGGCCACCACAUGGCCGAGGCCCGGGACCAGAUGGAGAAGAACAGCAAGGAGCUGCAGAACGUGAUGGAGCAGAACAUCGAGGACGUCCGCUACAAGCUGUCGGCGUACACCCGCAAGUUAAAGAAGCGCCUCCAGAAGGACACGCAGGACAUCAAGAGACACGUCGACAACUUCUUCUUCGAGGUCCAAGCCGGCGCCUCCAACACGCUGGAGGACGCCAGGACGCGCUUGGACCCGUACUUCGCUCGGGUGCGUGACAACGCCUGGGACAAGAUGGCCACGCUGGGCGAGCUGAUUAAGGCGCAGGCGGAGAACGUGAAGGACAAGAUUGAGACCGCGGCCGAGGACAUCAAGGUUCACAUCGAGAAGACCGCCGAAGACGUGCGGUCCACCCUGGAGGACAAGAUGGAGGACCUGAAGAACUGGUUCCAGCCCUUGGUCUCCAAGGUCAGCGGGAGCAAGUGAUGUCAGACACAGGCUUCAUCCUCAGGGCGCUUCAAUAAAUAAAUAAAUAAAAACA